AAAGAAAAAUUGAUUAUCGAACGGCGUCGUGAUCUGCAAUCGUUGACUAACGGUACGAUCGAUCAAAUCGACUGUUCGAUCCGGAGAUUAUCUGAUUUGAAGAAUGGUGAAUCAGAGAGUUAUUCGUCGCCUGCUUCGGUGGAGAAAAUGGGCCAAGAGAGACUGGGCCAUCGCCGCCUCCGCCGCCGGAUUCGCCGUCAUCAUCUUCUCUCUCUCUCUCAUCUUCGGUUCGUGGACGAAACGCUCGUCCGGCCACCAUCCCCCCGAUCCCCUCUGGGUUCACUUGUCCUUGUCGGAAAACGCCAAAUCCAGAGGCGCCGCUUGUUUGGAUGGGAGUUUGCCCGGGUACCAUUUUCAGAAGGGUUUUGGAUCUGGUUCUAACAACUGGGUUGUUCACAUUGAGGGUGGAGGUUGGUGUGAUUCAAUUGAAGCAUGCUCUUCACGCAAGAGAACUCCAUUGGGAUCUUCAAGAUACAUGGAAGAUGAAGUCAAAUUUACUGGGAUUUUCAGCCAGGAAUUGUUAGAGAAUCCUGAUUUCUUCAACUGGAACAAAGUAAAAAUACGCUAUUGUGAUGGUGCAUCUUUAGCUGGGCACCAUGAAAGUGAGUUUAAGAACAGAACGCAACUCUUCUUCAGAGGUCAGCUUAUCUGGGAAGCACUUAUGAAUGAUCUCUUAUCAAUUGGAUUGUCCAGUGCUAGACAGGCACUUCUUUCAGGAUGUUCUGCGGGAGGGUUGGCAACUCUUAUACACUGCGAUAAUUUCCGAGAAAUUUUGCCUAACAAUGCCACUGUCAAAUGUCUUGCUGAUGCUGGUUUCUUUCUUAAUGAGAAAGAUAUUGCUGGACAUCACACAAUAGAAUCUUUUUAUCAAGAUGUUGUCAGUCUCCAGGGUGUUGCUAAAAGUCUGGACAAGGAUUGUGUUGCUCGGAUGAAACCAUCUAAGUGUUUUUUCCCUCAAGAAUUUAUUAACAACAUAAGGACCCCGGUUUUCCUUGUCCACCCAGCUUAUGAUUUUUGGCAGAUAAAAAACAUUUUUGUACCCAUUGCAUCUGAUCCUCAUGGCAACUGGUUCAAAUGCAAGCUUAAUAUUCGUAAUUGUGAUCGGAGUCAGAUUGAAGUGCUAGAAGGUUACCGUAACUCAUUGCUUAAGACGCUGAGUGAAUUCCAGCAAAACAAGGAGGGAGGAUUGUUCAUUAAUUCUUGCUAUAUUCAUUGUCAAACAUGGAUGGCUGAGACAUGGCAUUCUCCUAGUUCUCCUAGAGUUGACAAUAAGACAAUUGCAGAGGCGGUCGGUGACUGGUACUUCAACAGAAAUAUUUCCAAGCAUAUCGAUUGCCCGUAUCCCUGCAACCCUACAUGCUAUAACAUGGACUUUACCGGACAUCGAUAAUCUCCAUGGAUUGCUCGGUGCUGCUUCUGUUAGCCAAUGCAAAUAUCCUGUGGAUGCCAGCGACGUUCAAAAGAAAACAACCCGGCUAGUUCAUGCCAUGGGAGGGAACAGCAUAUACAAUUGCUGGUUGGCUUCUGCAUAUUUAUGGAACAAUAUAGCCCGAAAACGGGGUCACAUUUAACUGUACUCUGUCCUGAUAUGCUUUGCUGCAUUAGGAGUGUUGCGACCCAAAUGGGAGAGAGUUUGUGUAAACUUUUGGUUUGGUAAACCAUAUGACUUCUUGUGGGAUAAUGGAGGUUGAUUUCGAAAGGUCAAAGUCAAGUAUGCUCAAAGAGCCGUAAACAGAGGUGUCAAAAAAUAUUCAAAAAUUGGUGAACCGAAUCAGAUCGGACCGAAACCGUAUUUUU